GAAAAAGCGCAAACCUGGAGAUGUAAGGAGAGUAGAUGAGAAUGUGGCUGGAGGUGAUGAGGUGGCGUUCACUCGGGCAUCUGCUACGUCACUGAACAGGCCGCCGAGGUCGUGGAUUGAUUCGAUAAGUGCAUUCUCACCAUCAGACGAUUCAGUGAUCCAACAACAACACCAGCAAGAUCAGCAAACGUAUUUCGAUGGCCCUCCACCAUCGUACGAUGAAACGUGCGCUCUUGUUUUCUACUGUAAUGCAAGUUACAGAUGGGAAAUGCAAGAAGGUGGAAGCCGUCUAGCACCGCGUAUUUCCACUCCGCUUAACCCUACAACACCAAGACAACCGGCUAUCUCAAUCCGCGACCAGCAGCAGCAACAAACUCCGAAUGCAGAUGGUCCAGUUCUGGGAUUCCUUUGGACGAUUCUGUCGGAAACGCUCGAAUUUUGGAUUACUCUAUAUGAAAUUGUGGCGAGAAACAUA